AUGACUAUUCAAUUAGUAUUUAGUAAUAGAUAUUUAUUUAGAUUAAUUAUUGAUUAUAGAAAUCAAUACUUGGGAUCAACACAUUGGUUUGAAUUAGUUUCAAGACCAUUACAUCUUCAACUAAAGGACGAUCAUGUUGAUAGUGAUAUUAUUAGAUACUCAAUCAAACACUUUUAUCGUAUCCAUAAAGAUAUUACCGAUCGGGUAUAUAACAACAUGUUAUAUAACAACAACGACAGUGGUAAUGGUAGCUUUACGGUAUUGCCAAUUGAAGCUGCCAUCAAUGCCAACAAUCUAGAUGCUAUUAUUCAAAUGCAUCAAUGUGAUCUAGAGGAUGAUGAAUACUGUACAGUGACGACUGAUACGAUUAAUCUUGCAACUGCUAGUCAUGUAGGGUUGGACAUUUUCAAGUAUCUGGCCAAUCAAGAUUAUAUAGUACCAAAUAGAGAGAUUGACAUAUUGGUACUAUUCGAAGCAAUAAACAACAAUCGGUUGGAUAUUGUAGAAUACAUUUUCGACGAGCUAUCUAUAGAGACAAAGUACAAAGAUUAUGUUGGUAGUCCUAUUUCAGAGGCCAUUUCAAAUGGUCCGAGUCAUAGAGAGAUUAUAAAGUAUCUGCUCGGCAAGUGUACAUUGGAACCAAUCGAGAUUGGCUAUGGAUACAAGAUUAGAUCGACUGCAGUCUCUGACAGAGCAUUUCAACGUGCUGUCAAAACUGGCAACAUUGAAUUGGUAGAGUUGGUGCUCCAAGCAGGAUGGUUCCUACCAAAACAACAUGACACUCUCCAUGUCACUUUAAUCUCUGCAAUCUUAUCAAAUAAUAUUGAUAUGAUUAAUUAUGUAUUAAGUGAUCAAUUGUCAUUUGAUACUGACGGCAACAGUCAAAUGACUGAAAAGAUAAAGAUAAAGGUAGAGAUGGGUGAUGAUGUGACACUUUCGGACAAGGUAUUGGAUUUUAUUAUUAAUGAUACAAGGUGUUUGGUAUCUAUCAGUAAUGUUAAUCUUGACCCUUAUAUUGCAGAGAAAAGGGUAGAUGCCAUAGAAAGGUUACUUCAACAUAAAAUGGCAGAAGAAACAUUUGAUCCCAAUCGAGCAUUGGAAUCUAAUGACAUACUAGAGACACUUGUACAUCUAGUGACAGUGCUAAAGGUUGAACCAUUUGAAAAAAUGUCUAUUCACAGUACAACCAAUUACCACGGUGACAAAGAAUUAAUGCGGUUCACACAAAAAUAUUUGUGUAAAAAAGAUAACAAUGAUCGUGACAGCAAGCAGUGUCAAAUGGCUGCCACUUUUCUAUGGACCCAUACCAUUAAAAAGGAGGAGAGCUCGACACCACUAGGUUAUUACGAGUGUCUUGAACAAGCACAUGCGGACGGGAUUAUUACCACUCGACACAUCAUGAAGGCUUUACGGUAUUGGGAUGGUGACCAAGACCUCUUUAAAGUGUUUCCAGCCCUACAUCAGGCAAUCAUCGAUAUGGACCGUACAUUACUGUUGGAGGCAGUUGAGAGCAAGUUUAAAGAAUCUAUAGAUUCCUAUAGUAUGCCAGAAAAAGAUUUUGAUAAACGUAUUAGAGAUAGACCAUGGUCAAUAUUUAAAGGUGCUAUGGAACUAAUAGAAAUGAACAAGGAAUAUUUUAAAAAGGAUUGUUUAGAACCUAUUGGUGAUUGGGCAUGUCGACAAGAUAAUUUAGAUUUGGUUAAAUAUAUUUACAAAUUGGACAAUCCAAGACUAUUUACACCAAAAUCAAUUAGAGUAGCAAUCGUUUCCAACAAAUCUUUAAAUAUUAUUCAAUUCCUCUUUACAAUUGUAUUUCCAGAGACUACAGAUAUAGAAAAACAACUUUCUAUCCCAAUUUUACCAAAACCACUUGUUCUACCAAGGUUUAGUAAUUUUACCUAUCCUCUUCCAAACAACAACAACAACAACGUAUCAAAAUCAAAUAGAUUAUUAUUACUUUCAAGAUAUUCAAAUAAUUUACAAUUAAUGAUACCAUAUCUUCAAGGUCCAUGUAUCACAAGUCGAGAGUAUUUCGAAAACAUAGUAUUCAAUCGAUCACACUAUCAUGUAACCAUUACACAUGACCAUUAUUGGACUCAAGUUUAUCCAUUAUAUGUCCUACUUUUAUCACACAACAAAGAUCAAUAUGAUUAUUCACUUUUAAAUAGAGUCUUGCAAAAUUAUCUAAUUAGCAAUAAAUAA